AGUAAACGCAACAAAGGCGUUACUCUAUGAGUUAAACCUCGAGCCACAUUUACUGUAGCCUACAUUAGACAACAAUGUCUUCAACUGAGUCUUUGAGAGAGUUUGUCAACGAGCGACUAACUGCUGCUGCUGAAGAAAUAUUGGGAGUUUUUCAAAGAACCAUCGUCAAGUACGAGGAAGAGAUCGAUCGUCAGCGCAGACUGUUGGAUAUCGUGUUGAAGCCUGAAAUAAAGUUACACAGGACAGAGCUCCCACAGCAACAUGUGUGUAAGGAGGAGGAGGUUGUCCCUGAGCAGCAGCUCUGUAUUGAGGAGAGGAAGUCCAGUGUGGACCAAGAGCACCCAGAGCCUCCACACAUUAAAGAGGAAGAGGAAGAGGAAGAAGUGUGCAGCAGUCAGGAGGGAGAGCAGCUUGUACUGAAGCAGGAGACUGAUGGCUUUAUGUUGACUCCUGCUGAUGAGCAAAGUGAGCACAGUGAAGAUCAGACUCUGGACUUCAUUCAUGACGACACUCAAAGUGCAGCAGACAAAGAGUCUGUCGUCAUCAUACCAGUUAUAAGCUCUGUGAUAUCACAAGCAAGCAGUGACCACCAGCUGCUCUUUCACAACUCUCAUGUAGCUGAGAGCCAAGAUGAGGAAGAAUACCUGCAUGGAGACUCAGGAUCAACUAGAAACACAGAGUUUGAAGCAGAGAAAAGACAUCAUGAAAGUGAAAUUAACAGUAAGAGUCCACACACCUCUGCUGUGAUCAACUUAAAUACAGGUAAAAAGCCUUUAGAAUGUGACGUAUGUGGGGAAGUUUUUGAGUGCAAGUCAAAAUUGCAGAGACACCUGAAAAGCCACACAGGUGAGAAGCCACAUACUUGUAACGUAUGUGGGAAAGCUUUCGGACGUAAAUAUGUCUUGUUAGUCCACAUGAGGACUCACACAGGUGAGAAGCCAUAUACUUGUAACGUAUGUGGGAAAGCUUUCGGACAUAAUAGUGUCUUGUUAGUCCACAUGAGGACUCACACAGAUGAGAAGCCGUAUACUUGUAACGUAUGUGGGAAAGCUUUCAGACGUGAUGGUGUCUUGUUAGUCCACAUGAGGACUCACACAGGUGAGAAGCCGUAUACUUGUAACGUAUGUGGGAGAGCUUUCAGCUAUAAUGGUCACUUUUUAGUCCACAUGAGGACUCACACAGGUGAGAAGCCACAUAGUUGUAACGUAUGUGGGAAAGCUUUCGGACGUAGUGGUGACUUGUUAGUCCACAUGAGGACUCACACAGGUGAGAAGCCACAUACUUGUAACGUAUGUGGGAGAGCUUUCGGACGUAAUAGUGUCUUGUUAAUCCACAUGAGGACUCAUUCAGGGGAGAAGCCGUAUCCUUGCAAAACAUGUGGGAGACACUUCAGAACUGCCAGUCACUUGACAGCCCACAUGAGAACGCACACAAGUGUAAUGGUGCAUCACUUGAGCACAGAGGUUCCAGUUGAAGUCACACAUACACAGAAGAGAGACGGUUUACAUGCAAAACAUGGGGCAGAGCUUUCAGAGGCCUCUUCCAUAAAGCAUGCUAAGAAAAGUAGGGAGUGAAGUCCAAAUCCUGAAUUUUAAUUGAAAUUGCAGGUCUGGAAAAGUUAAAUUAGUGAGAUAAAGAACAAAAGGAGGAGACUGCUUUCAAGUUUGAAUUUUAUACUUGCAGGAGUCAUGGAAAACCUGGAAAAGUCAUGGAAUUAGUCAAAAUCAUAAGUCACAGAACUUGUUUGUGUAUAAUGAAAUUAUUAGAAUCAUCUUCAGUGGAUAACCCUCCAUAUAAUGUAACAUAAUGGCAAAUUCCUUUUCUGCAGCUGGCGUAUUAAUGUAGCUUUAAUAUGUGUCGAUGUGUGACAAUGUUUGUUUACCAUCUUUUUUUUCUUUUUCUUUUUUUUAGAAUCUUUAUUUCGAACAUAAAUAAAAUAGAACAAAAUGUACGUGAUCAAUAAGGUAAUCAGUCAUACAAAAUAAAAUAAAAAAUACAAUCAUAGUAACAGAGGUAAAUAUUUAGCCUUCGAAAAGGAGUAGGUAGAAGUUAUGCACUUAUCUUGACCUACCCCUUAUUUCAAGUAAUGUUGCUACAAUUAAAUAUAGAUUCAGAGAUGUGUUGGGAUUCACAGGACCACAGAUGAUUUAUCAUUUGGUAAAAUCAUCACUGGACAUUUAAAGGCUUUUUCCUCUGCAUGCUCUUUGUCUUCAAACAAAGAGAGCUAGGUGACACCCAUCUCCACAGGACGUCUCACCUCACAGCUCAAUGAGACACAAGUCUCACAACUUGAUUGGACAAGACUUUUACAGUAACAUGUGACUCUGAUGUCACAGGCCUGCAAAGAUCUGCUCCCUCCCAACAGAUCUCUCUCUCUCUUGCUCGAGCUGCUGAGCAGCUGGAGCCUGGAACAGCAGAGGCCCAGACCAUACCCCAAACCACUAAAGGGAGGGCAAUUGAUCAUAGACUCUCUUGCAAACACAAGGUUUGCAACUAGCUUUCCAGCAACGAAGAGAACCAGGUGAGUUAGCACCCAGUGUCUAACUCUGCUAAACCCUGAACGUCCAGCUUCCUCUGAGUUUCACCUUUGGAACAAAGAACACAACAAAGACUGCACCUGGAACCAUCUUCCCAGCCUUCUUCUGCUGGCUAACAAAGCAGCACACCACCAAGUGACUCUUUCUUCCAUCAACUCAAGGACUGGUAACACAACAACUGGGUAUAGCUUAUCACAGCUUUACAGGCUAAGCAAGACUGUUCAACUUGUGGAACGUGAUUUGAUGCUGUUUACUGAGUUAUUGUUGUGAUUGUUUGCAGUUAGGUCAUUGAUUAGUUGGCUUCGCCAAAGCUAAGUGUUUAGUUUGCUAAUACUAUUAACAAGCAGAUUCUUGCACACAACUAAACAAUCUCUGCACUAAUCCAGACUGUUUGCAACCCAUAUCACAUUCACAUAGACUCAUUAACAAAUAGGCUUUCAACAGAGCUGCACCCAAACAGGCUUCUCAGAGUUCCCGCUUCUUUUCCUUUGUCUUGGUCAGACAGACACCUCCCCCAACCUGAAGGCAGCUUUGAUUCGGCCAUCUUGUAGUUCCCUGUUGUCAGCCAUUUUGUUUUGUAGGCCAAACAGCUCCUUGAUCACCACACCCGCCUUUGUCUUUCUCUUUUCUCUCUUGCGCACACACACACACAUUUACACACCAAGCUUGUAUAUAGUUAGUUAGAAUUUGUGUGUUUUGGUUUGCUUUGCUAGUUUGUGAAUAAAUAUAAUUCUUUGGAAUCAUACCUGCUGUCUGUUUAAUGUUGCACAAGAGUGAAUGAAUAGUCAACCUCUGCUGCAUCAAGAACUCCGAAAUCCUUCAGGCAUUACCGUUAAUUUUGGUUGUUGUCAUUAAUUUAAUUAUUAAUCAAACUCCAAAUUAAUAGUUUAACCUAUUUUCUGAGACUGAUAUCUUUAACUGGCUAUCAUUUUUCCCUUUACGGGAAUGGUGCCCCACGAGGUGAUUUAAUGUUAAUUAAGUCACAUUAUUUGACAUGAUUAUUAAUUAUUGGCAAUAAUUAUUAAUUAUUUCCGAUAGCCAAUUAAAUCCCUACAUAUUUGGUGCCUCCGUGUGAAGCCCAAAUUUAUGUUCCCAACAGAUGCAUAUUAGCAUGCAUACAUACAUAAUUAAAGAAAUACAAUCACAAAUGCGAGCUGGAAUACUUCUGGUUCUGACUAUAUGUAAGUGAUAUGAGAAAACCUAGUUGUGGUGUGGAUUGGAUACCCAUGGAAGGAAGAUACUUCCUAUGCCAGCUGUGCUUCAUAUUAAUACAAUCUACUGUUUUUGAACAAUCUUUUAAAUUUAUUUAAAGUGUUUCUGUUUUUCAUUUCAUCUGUACAUUCAUUCCAUAUUUUGACUCCUUUGACUGUGAUGCUGUGAUAUUUGGAAUUGGUUCUUGUCAAGGGUUUAUUGAACAUGUCCAAUCCUCUCAAGUUGUGGUGUUUGUCUCUUGCUUGGAACAAAUUCUGAAUAUUUUGUGGCAAUGACUGAUUUUUAUCUUUAUACAUAAUCUGUGCAGUUUUGAGGUCGACUGAAUACUUAAAUUUGACUGUUUUUAGUUUGAUAAAGAGUGGGUUUGAUGAUUCACUGUAGGUGGUCUUGUUCACUAUUCUUAUCGCUCUUUUUUGUAGUGGAAAUAUUGGUUUGGUGUUGGCACUGUAUGUGUUCCUCCACACAGUAAGUUAUGUAUGGAAGUAUAAAUGAGCAGUACAGAAGGUAUAAUGACUUUUGACACACGAGAUCUUUAACUUUGUAAAGGAUUGCAACUGAUUUUGAUAUUUUGUUUUUAAUAUAAUUAAUGUGUGGUUUCCAACAUAGUUUAUUAUCAGUUAUUCCUCCAAGAAAUUUUAUUAGAAAAAGAAAGUUCAGUGUUAGUUUAUUGUAGUCAAACCAACUCUUUAGUUUUUUUUAAAUAAUUUUCCGCAUCAUCCAGAAGUUGUUCCAAGUUGUUGCCACAGCACAAUAAGUUGGUGUCAUCUGCAAAUAAUAGUGUUUUCAUUAUUUUGGAGAUUACACAUAUUUCAAUAAUGUAUAAUAUAAAUCGCAAUGGUUCCAGAACAGAUCCCUGUGGAACCCCACAUGUGACAUCCUUCAGAUUAGAGUUGAUGUUAUAAAUAUGAACAUAUUGACUUCUAUUUUUCAGGUAACUACUUACCCAUGUUAAAGCAACCCCUCUAAUUCCAUAUUUAAAUACCUUUUUUAAUAAUAAGUUGUGAUCAACAGUGUCAAAAGCUUUUUUCAGGUCAAGAAAUACACCUUAAAUUCAGAUUCAAUGGGUCUGAGAUAUCUUUGGUCACAUUACUGUGAAAAUGUCUCCAGCCUGACAGACCCAAUGACAGUUUACAAUCAUUAUACAGACCGAAGAAAAACUUUUUUUUCCCUCGCUGUAUUUCUCUGAAUAUUGCAAUAAUAAAUUGCAUGUAUGACAGCCAUGAGAUGG